GAGACAAGUCACAGUCUCUAGAGAAAAAUCCACACUAAAAUCUGCCUUACUUCUCUCUUAUUUCUUUUCUUUUCUUUUUUUUUUUCAGAAAUAAAAUAAAAAAAGCUUAAGAAAAAGCAGAUAUAGAAAUACAAGAAUAUAUCCUUUCCUUAUCGUGAGUUUACCAACCUAUGAUGUUCGGAGGCAAAAGCAUGGGAGGUGGUAAUGGAGGAGGGCUGUUGAGGUCGGUUGGCAGAGUUGUUACAAGGGCCAGUUUCGGCGGCGGGCCGCUUCAAGAACCCACUAUUUCUUCUUCAACCGCUUCUACUGCCAACACUGCAAGUUCUAGUACUACUCCGAGGCAAGUCCAGAAAAGCGGCAACUCUUCCACCAACAACUUGUCUCUGUCUUGGCCUUUUGCUUCAUGCAAUGUUAAUAAUAAUAAUAAUCAUGUACAUGGAUUGCCCACAACGUCGUCGCCGCCGUCGUCCUCGUCCUGGCCUCAUUGUGACGAGCCCGAUUGGGUGGCGGUGGAUGGCGGCUGUGAAGAAGAGGAAAAGGCUUUUCAUGGGUUUGUUGAUGAAUUUGUUCUCGGUCCUGUUCCGUCCGACGAUGAAGUCCACUGCGCCGUUUCUGCUCUUCAACAGUGA